CUCUGGAUCUAAUAGUGAUGCUGCUUGAAGCAAACCCUAUGAUGACCUUGAGAGAGAUAAAGGAGGAGGUCAUGGAUAUAUUUCCUACGAAACCACAUUUCAGUGAGGUAACGCUUUCGCGUUAUUUGGAGGGGGAGCUGAUAUCACUGAAAAUGUCCCGUGACUCCCCAGCAGAAAGAAAUUCUCCCGCAGUAAAGGAGGCGAGACACGCGUACGCUACGUGGAUGCUGGCGACGGGUCUACAGCAGCAACUAGUAUACAUUGAUGAGACAGGGUUCAAUCUGUGGACCAAGAGGACGUACGGCAGGGCAAGAUGCGGGGAGCGUGUGCAUCGCGCCGUUGGUGGACAGCGUGGCAGAAACAAGACAGUGAUUGCUGCGAUAGCUGAACACUGUGGAAUACUCUAUCACGAAAUUCACUAUGGUUCAGUGACGAAGGAAGUAUUCAGUGAUUUCAUCGCAUCACUUGCAGCAAUAAUCGGAGACCAGUACCUCCACCGUGAAGCUCCACGGUGCAACGCGGCCCAAGCCAGGCAAGAAGGAGUGACUCUCAAUGCACUGAGGGAGAACAUUUUGCAAGUUGGCGUGGAAUUUGCACUGCCUAGUGUCACGGAACAUGUUGUGUCGCAGAACUAUAACCAUGUUAACACCUACUUGGUUCAAUGUAUUGAGCGCCGAGACAUCUUCAAUUGA